GCAGGGUAGAUGCUCGGAUGAAGACAGUUACAAGCUAGGCAAAUCUCUUCAACACCAGCUUAAACAAUCCUCAGUCAAACCUAGUAGGGUAAUAUCCAUAGGUUUAAGAGGAUCGGACCGUUUAAACGGAAAGCUGGUCCAGUACCCCCCUGAACGGGGGAUUACCGGGAUCUAACAAGCCUUUAAAAAGGAGUUCCACAGUACUGCAGUAAACCCUUUUGAAAUAAAAGAUCAUGAAUUCAAAUUCUGUUAAUGAUGGUACUGCAGCCUCAGAAUUGGACUAGUAGGCCUAGUACUUUUUCCAGCAGGAUUGCACCAAAAAGAAAUAGAUUGUAGGUUCAGUGUGCAGUGGCCCAGAGUCUCCGUUGGCUGGCGAUGUAUUGUUUGGGUAAUAUUUAAUCCUAAAGCUCACCACUGCCCUGCUUACUCUGCAUUUCUGGGUAUGCCAUUUCCCGAAAGCUUAACUUCCUCUAACGGAACAAAAAUAAGUCUCUGGUCCAACAACAGUUCCUCUUUUAGAGAUGGGUGAAUGCACGAAUAUGUUUUUCCUCAAUUUUGCAGUCAGGAAGAAAAGGCUUUACUUUACUUAAAGAUACAUUUAUAAAGUUUAUCUGAAGGGUUUCAUAAUUCCAAUUCCUGAAUGAAUGCUGCAAUGUGAGUCAUAUUUUUUGUUAAGUGGAACUUGUUGCUUAACAGUAACCCAUGUAUUAGGAUGUGCAUCUGUCUCAGUGGUUUGUGCCACGUCCUGUUUUAAAGGACUGACCAACUUAAAGACGGACAGUGAAAGUUUUCCAGUUGGUCAAGGUGUCUGCAGACGCUGUCACUGCGCCACAUUUGAGCCUGAAUAUGAGAUAUAACAGAAAUGUCCGAGAGAUCAGUGGAGAGGAAGAGGAGAGUCAGGUGGAGAUCUUAGAGGAGGAAGAGCAUCACGCUGAUCUCGGGCCACAAAGAGCCGGACCAAACACUCAAAACCAGCCUGCAGCCAACAACAGAAGGCGUCUCAAAGCUGCUGCAGUGACUCUGGGAGGGUUUUAUCUUCUGAUAUUGGCUGCACUCUUCAUUCGCUUCACUUUGCUGAAGAGCAACUACACUCAGUUACAGGAUGAAGUAAAGCAGCUGAAGAACAGAAUUAAAGUCACUUUGCUGCAGACCAGAUACGACCAACUGAGCAACAACUACAGUCAGUUACAGGAUGAAGUAAAGCAGCUGAAGAACAGAACUGAAGAUAAAAUCUGUCCUGAUGGAUGGACGAGAUCUGGAUGCAGUUGUUACUUUAAAUCUAAAGAGAAGAAGAAGUGGGAGGACAGCAGAGAUGACUGUCAGCAGAGAGGAGCACAUCUGGUCGUCAUUAACAACGAAGAGGAACAGAAGUUCGUCAUCGAGCUGAGUAAGGAUGGAGAGUCCUGGAUCGGUAUACUGAAUGAAAUGUCACAUUGGAUCUGGCAUUGGGUGGACGGAUCAAAGCUGCCAAGAACGUACUGGCCAGAUUCCCAAAAUUAUGAUGGCCAGAUGUUUGAUUACUACGAUACCUGGCACGCUUCAUCAUGCUGCGAUCAACAAGGAAAAUGGAUCAGAGUACACGGUCGUGAGGAUUUAAAGGACUGGAUCUGUGAGAAAAAGAUGAACUGAACUCUCUGAUGGCGGGUUGGGGGGGGGGGUAGUGUUGGGAUCAGCUUUGUUAAAUCAGACCAAUUCUCUAACAUGGGUCAGCUGUUUAUUCUGUGUUGCUAAGUAACCUGGAUUCCAGAGAUCUUGUUCCUCUGCCCUUCAUAGUGCCCAAUCUGGUUAGAAGUCAUGUGUCCUGACUCUGUAGUCCUACAGGAUUAUUACAAUAAAAGAUAAUAACAACAUGGAUUAGCAGCUUGUCUCUACCUUGGUUCAUGUAGUUGAUUAUAACGUUUGGAGUCAGUUAGUUAGAAGUUGUUCCUUAGAAAUACCCCCCCACACACACCUCCAUCUUCCUCCCAGACCCGUCCCCACAACCA